AUGGAUCCCUCUGAUGAAUUUGUAAUUAUUGAUCUUAAGAAUCCUUGUUUUAAGAAAAAUUCAAGGGGAUUUCCAGAAGGACCUGUACAAUUAAAAGCUUUAGAAUCCAAUACACCUUUUCUUCAAUGGGGAGGUCAUAUUUAUCAAGGUCGCUGGGAAAAUAUGAUUGGUACAGAGCUGGUUUUUGAUGAAUCAGGUCAAUGGCUAGGUCAAGGACGUCGAAGAUUAGUUAUGGAACGAGUCCAGUUAAUUUCUAAACAUUAA